GUCCGAUUCGCCCUGUCUUCCGCGCAGGCGUCCGUAACCACAGCUGCAGCCUCACAGCACGUGCCCGAGGCAAGCUGAAUUUUUCUCCUGCGGCUGUCAAUCGCUGCCUGGACAAUCCUCGUCCACCGCGAGUUCUAGCGAAAUAGCCAAUGGAUAACACUCCAGGAAGUAGCAUGGGGGAAUGGCUCGUCCAUGCAUUGCACAUAGCCUGUCCUCUUGCAAUUGUCUUGUUGUUCGCGACAAUCCCAGCAGUGCGCUUGCUGACGCAGGUGAAGAGCAAACGAUCGAGCUAUAUCAUCGCCAAGAAGGCAAGGAACACGCUGCUUUUCGUGUCUCCAAUUGUUUGUUUAACAUUUGUGUCGGAGGCAAUUCUGUAUCCGCUACGGAGUCGAUUUGCGUCUCCAGAUGUCUUAGGCCGAAAUUCCAUGGGCUAUGCUCUAGUGUCGAUUCUGGUAUGGGCUACUGUGAGCGUCGUGCUCGUGGAAAGCAAGUCUCCAUUUUGGCCUGCGUAUAUUAUCGCCUGGACUUUUGGUACUAUCAUCAACAUUGGACUCAUCUCGCUUUCCUUUGGGAAUAUUUCUCUCGAGAAUAGUUGGUAUAUCGCCUGGUUGUCUGUCCAUGCUGCUCGCGUGGUCGUCCUGCUCGCAGCGUCGAUCUACACGCUCUGCUCCAUCCAGCGCGAUGACACGAAUGGAAGUGGUGUCGACGAGGAGAGACAGAGCCUACUUGGAGGCGCAUAUUCGCGCUCGCGACAUGAUGCCGAUUCCCAUUCUACCAGGAUGUACGGUUCCAUCCCUGGGGAUGAUAGAGAAGGCAGCAGUCUGAGGGAGGACGAGGAAGACGGUGAUAAUGACGAUGAGAGGGAGAUAAAGGAGCAGCAGCAGCGGAGGCUCGAGGAGAAAGGAGGCUGGCUGGGAUACCUGAGGAGUUUUGUUAUCUUCCUUCCGUACAUUGUGCCGUACAAGGAUCUACCGACGCAGCUAUGGCUGGUUAUCAUGGCAAUCUGCAUGGCCGUUGAUCGUGUCCUCACGCUCAUGAUCCCACGACAGCUGGGCAUUCUCACCGAGUCUCUGAGCGAAAUGGCGGUAACGGGUUCUGUGCCGUGGAAGGAAAUUGCUGUCUGGGGCGUUCUACAAUUUCCUCUUUCCGCGUGCACACGCAUGCUCGAGUCUAUGGCAUCUCUUCGUGUCUCGCAGUAUGCUUACCGAAGGCUCACAGGAGCUGCGUUUGAACACGUCAUGACGCUUUCCAUGGAUUACCACACAACCAAGAGCUCAGGAAGAGUGGUUAAAGCGAUCGAACAAGGCAGCAAUCUUAGCUCCGUUCUGGACAGCGUAUUUGGCGUCGCCCCGAUGGCCAUCGAUUUUGUCGUGGCUAUCGUUUACCUCACGUCCUACUUCGAUUCGAGCCUGGGAUUCAUCAUCGUCGCUACGGCUAUGGUGCACGCGUACGUUGCAUUCAAGGGGAACAGACUGACCAUGGCUUAUGAGCGGGACCUCAAUGAAACCAGCCGUGGUGAGAAUGAGACACUCUAUGACUCCAUUACAAACUGGCCGACUGUGGCGUACCACAACCGUGCAAAAUUCGAGCAGGAGCGCUAUUCGCAAUCGGUAUGGAAAAACCUCCUAGCUCGACGACGAUACUUUGAUGCCUUUGGCUACAUAAGCGCUACUGAGAGUUUUGUGAUGGACGCUGGCCUUGUGGCUGCAUGCUCGAUGGUGGCCAUGCGAGUUGCCGCUGGGACAGCCAAGCUCAGCAGUUUUGUGUUUCUCAUUUCGUACUGGGACUCAAUCCGGUCGCCGUUGUAUAGCUUAUCAUGGACAGUGAGGGAGAUGACUACGCAUGUGAUUGAUGCGGAAUGGCUGUACCAACUGCUGCACACCAAGCCAUCGGUGGAGGACAAGAAGGGGGCCAGAAACAUCCAAUGGAAAGGCGGACGGGUCGAGUUCAGGAAUGUCAACUUUGCGUAUGGCGUGGACCGGCCCAUCAUACAAGAUAUGUCGUUUACAGUCGAGCCGGGCCAGAACAUUGCCCUGGUGGGUGAGACCGGUGGCGGCAAGUCUACAAUACUCAAGCUGCUAUACCGUUUCUACGACGUAUCCGAUGGCAGUGUCAUUAUCGACGGCCAAGACAUCCGCGAUGUCACUCUAGAUAGCCUCCGAGAGAGCCUGGGUGCUGUGCCACAGGACCCCUCCGUGUUCGACCAGACCAUCAUGGAGAAUAUCAUCUAUGCGCGCCCCGGCGCGAGCGAAGCCGAUGUCAUCGAAGCCUGCAAGAGUGCGCAUAUCCAUCACCAAAUCAUGAAGUUUCCAGACGGCUACAACACCCGUCUCGGAGAACGUGGAGUGCGCCUCUCAGGCGGCGAAUUGCAGCGUCUAGCAAUUGCAAGAGUCAUCCUGCGUCAGCCGCAGAUUGUGGUUCUGGACGAGGCGACAAGUUCGGUUGAUUCGGAUACCGAGGCCGUCAUACAACAGGCAAUUCGGACCCUCGGCCAGGGCAGGACGGUGUUCACGGUGGCACACAGGCUGAGCACUGUCGUAAGCGCAGAUCUGAUCCUGGUGAUUAAUAAUGGGAGAGUGGUUGAGCGGGGAACGCAUAAGGAAUUGCUAGAUCUGGGAGGGAAGUACUCGCAGCUGUGGUUGAAGCAGACAUCUGUGGAAUAAUUCCGUUCUAUAUGUUGCCAGUACAACAUCUUCCACAAUAAAGCAAUUCUUUGAUGGGGACCCAGAGACGGUCUGCAGCCUACCGCCAAUUCUGCUGUUUCUAAUCAAUCGCAUCGACCGUGAUGGCAUUACCCAACCGAAGCAUAGGCACGGUGCAUGACUAUAAAAUGGAACCUUGCGGCAGCUGGGCGAGUACAGAGGAUGCUAGUGAAGAAUAUGACGUUUCCCCAUGGAAACCAAAUUAUACGAUGCGCUGCUGAUACUAUACCUGCAUUUCGUGACUUGGGAAAAUCGAUGGAUCAUGCACAGCUAGAUCUAGACGUCAAUCGACUGUAUAAUACUUUGAACUAUAUGGAUAAUCCUAUUACACCUGAAGUCAUUUUGCCAUCUUGCUUUUUGGGUCGUGGUUGAACUCCUUCUCGACGGGUCCCAUACCAUUCUACCAUCGUGCAAGGGACCGACCGAAGAAAUGCUGGACAGCGUAUUCUAUAAGAACGCCAUAAGUCCGUCUAAUCCUGGCCAAAGAAAUGCUACAUGCGCAUUCUAGACACCCCAUUCGCCUUGGUUAUAUCAGGACUGCGACGUCUGCUGGUUUUGCGAAGGGCCUUCGUCCAGUACCCACGACAUUACUUGACACCCAAACUUAGUUCAUUAUGGGGCCAUCCUUUCGUGCAAUUGGUGUUUGAGUCUCUCGUGUUUGUCUUUGCUUCUCCCUUAGUAGAAAUCGAGUCUGGAGAGAUCGCCACGGACCGUCUUCUAUGCUCCGAAGGGGGAACACCGUAGGUCUUGGGGGAAGGAGAGGAAAACAUCGAACAUAGUCAAUUAAUUGAAAUCGCAGUUGAGAUUACUCUUUUCCCGAAAAAGAAAAAAAUUGGGCUACCUUCUCUCGGGUUCGCGGCAUGGUUUGCGUGGAAUAGUAUAGAUAGGGCAACGGACAGAAAGUACAGAAGGUAUGCAAUCUCCACAGCAGCAUAGCUCGAACAGCUGAACACUCCAUUGAAAGCAAAGUACACUAGAUGAGCAGACAAGAAUAUAUAAGACCAAGAUGCA